AUACUUCUGUGUAUGUAAGGUUAGCGACUAAGUUAGGCAGUUUAAGCGAAGACGGCAACGCUACAACAAUCGUUUCAACCAAAGCAAUAACAGCAUUCGUUGAUUUAUAGACUCGGAAACUUUUGAAAUGGAAUCAAUUCAAAAGAUCUUGUUGCCUUUGGUUUUCAUGUUGGCGUUCUCGGCACGCUUCGUUCCUCUUGUCGAAUCGUCUUGUUCCAUAGCAAUGGACUGCGUAGAUACAACGACCAAUAUAACACAUCGAAGCGGAGAUAUCUGGGAAACGGAAAACUGCGAACGUUGUACUUGUUGGGCGAGACAGAUAUUGCUGAAAACUUGCCUCGUGAUCGACGAUGGUCCAACACUUGGCGACGAUUACUCAUUCAGUCCAAAGUUCAGGAAAUCCAGUGUUUUCACCGUUCGCCUUGUAUCGGAAACUGCUAUUAAGAGACGACAAAACACUCCCGAAAUUGUGGUGGUGCCAAUGGAAGAAGCCAACUCAUUCGUUUGCCCUGAUCUUCAAAACACACAAGAAAACUCAGGCUCGUUUUUGAUCCCAAGGUUUAAAACUGUUAAGUACGUGAUGGAGGUGAACGGAAUGGGAUGUUGUACUAUGUACGGCUACCCAGUGAACGUUCAUCCCGAGUGCGAGUCAGUAUGGGUAAAAGACGCAUGUAGGUUUGACGUCUUGCUGAGAAACUCUACAACCAGAUGCCCACACCCGUCAGCGUUUGUUGGGAAAUGAACUUCUCCAUUUAUUUAAACUUUUUUGUAAAUUUGUAAUUUGACUUCAACGCUUAGAAGUCAGAAACUAAACACGUUUAAAUCGUAGCUUUUAUAGCGUUUUUUGGUAGUAGAUUUUACAUUGAAGGUUUUUAUUCCCCCUUAAAAUAGUUUAUGUUCGUUAACAUGGAUCUAUAUUUUUUAUGCUUUUUACACAAUUGUGUGGUUUUAAUGUACUGUUGUAACUGGUAUUUUUACUGUUUGUCUUGAUGAUUAAAACACGUUGUUUUACCAUGUUUUGUUGUCAAUAUUUAAUUAAAUUCUUUCACAAAGUCUA